AUGGGAGCAAUGCUAGGUCAACUUGAUGAUUCUGGAAAGAAGGAAAGAGCGAUUUAUUUCUUGAGCAAGAAGUUUAAUGAGUGUGAAGCUCGUUAUCCGGUGAUUGAGCGAACUUGUUGUGGACUAGUAUGGGCAACUAGAAGGCUAAGGCAAUACAUGCUUUACUACACUACCUGGCUAAUCUCACGAGUGGACCCACUUAAAUACAUCUUUGAGAGCCCGCACAUUGCUGGUAGAGUACUAAAAUGGCAAGUUGUACUAUCAGAGUAUGAUAUAAAGCAUGUGAUGCAAAAGUCAGUCAAAGGUAGUGCAAUAGCAGAUCACUUGGCCGAUAAUCCUUUAGGGGAUGACCAGCCAUUAGAUUUUCAAUUUCCUGAUGAAGGCAUAUGCACUACAGAAGAAGGUUGUGAUGAAGGAAACAAUGAAGAGCAAGAAUGGGAAAUGUAUUUUGAUGGAGCCGCCAACAUGCAUGGAAAUGGGGUAGGAGCGGUGAUCGUUUCACCAGAAGGAAAACAAUUUCCAGUAUUUGGUGAUUCAGCUCUCAUUAUUCAUCAAGUAACAGGAGAAUGGAGAACAAAGGAUGUAAAAUUGAUUCCCUAUCAAGAACUCCUAACAGAUUUGAUUAAGCAAUUUAAGGUUGCUAGCUUUCAUCACUUGACUAGAGAUAAAAACCGUUUCGCUGAUGCUUUAGCCACUUUAGCAGCAAUGAUCCAACUUGAUUGUGGAGUCCAUAUCCAACCCAUCCAAGUGGAAGCUAGAAGCUUUCCAGCAUACUGUCUGAAUGUUGAAGAAGAUCGAGAAGAAUAUCCUUGGUUCCAGGAUAUUAAGGAUUAUAUCACUAAGAGAUCAUACCCAGCUGGAAUGACUGAGAAUGAAAAGAAAACCCUUCGUCGUUUGGCUAUGACAUUCUUUAUCAGUCAAGAUGUUCUGUACAAGAGGGGUUAUGAUGGUACUUUACUUCGCUGUGUGAGUUCAGAAGAAGCAAAUAAAAUCAUGGACAUGAGGGCAUAUGUGGCACGCAUGCGAAUGGUCACACUAUGGCCAAACAGAUUCAAAGCUUCGAAUGGACAUCGCUUCAUCCUUGUCGCGAUUGACUAUUUCACAAAAUGGGUAGAAGCAAAUUCAUUUGCUAGCAUCACGCAAAAGACGUUCCUUAAAUUCAUGAAGACAAAUAUUUUAUGCCGAUAUGGGAUUCCUGAAAGGAUCAUUACUGAUAAUGGUCCCAAUCUCAAUGGAACGGAAGUCAGGAACUUUUGCGAGAAGUUCCAAAUCAAGCAUCAUAAUUCAGCCCCGUAUAGACCUCAAAUGAAUGGAGCAGUUGAAGCAGCCAAUAAAAAUAUUAAGAAGAUCAUUGGAAAAAUGACAGUAACUUAUAAGGAUUGGCAUGAGAUGCUUCCCUAUGCUUUACAUGGUUAUCGUACUACUGCAAGCACAUCCAUAGGGGUGACCCCAUACUCCCUUGUUUAUGGAAUGGAAGCUGUUACACCCAUUGAGAUAGAAAUACCAUCUUUAAGAGUAUUGGCAGAGGUAGAUUUAGAAGAAAAUGAAUGGAUACGAACCCGAUUUGAGCAACUUAACAUGAUUGAAGAGAAAAGGCUCAUUGCAAUGUGUCAUGGACAAUUGUACCAAAAGAGAAUGGCAAGAGCUUUUGAUAAAAAACUUCGCCCACGGGAAUUCAGUGCUGGGGAUCUUGUACUCAAGAAAAUAUUGCCUAACCAAGAAGAUAAUAGAGGCAAAUGGGCUCCGACCUAUGAGGGACCUUAUGUUGUCAAACAUGCCUUUUCUGGAGGAGCACUGAUCCUAGCUGACAUGGACGGUCAAGAGUUAGCAAAGCCCAUUAAUGCAGAUGCUGUCAAGCGUUACUUUGCUUAA